AAGAAAAUGUACAGUCCGCUCGUGCCCUUAUCCUGCACCCGCCUCCAUCCUCUUCUUUUCUUUCUCCUCGACUUUACUAACAUUCUUGAGCCCAGCGCCCUGCCAGCCGCCAGCAGCGACGCUCUGGUCGCUAUAUACACUGACCUCGCCGCCUUGACAGCGCUCACUGCACUUACCACCGACUCUUCGGUCGACAAGGACUUUGGCCAGUCCGUCACCCUGGUCCCAUCGGCAUCGAUCAGCGGCGGCCGCCUGGUUUUGUCUCCCACAGGCUCGCUGAACGACGACGCCGACGACGUGCGCAAAUUCUCCGACGCAGUCAAGGCGGGAAUUGCUAGGGCCGUGCAAGCUGGAUCCACCCGCCCAGCCCUGCUCCUCGUCCAGCCGCCUCCCUCUACAAACCAGGUUUUGGACGCCGACUACUCGCGGUGGGUCGAGAAGCUACAGUCGAUUGACCUGAUCUUUGGCCAGCCCAUUGACGACUCUGAGGUGCAGGCAGCUGUUGUGCGCGCCAAGGCCAUUGAGACAGGCAGGCAGCGCAUGACUCCGUAUAACUGCGCACAGACUAUCGAGGAGGCCUUGAAGAACGUGCCUGGCGUUAAGUACACGGAGAUCAAGGACCUGGAGGUCAUCAAGCGGGAGUACCCCCUGCUGUACAACUCGGCACGCGCCUCGUUCUCUGAGAAGCGCACCUGGCCGUGCGUGUACCGGUCCCCGGAGCCAGCAAAGGUCAAGGAGCACCUGUAUUUGGUCGGCAAGGGCGUUACCUACGACACGGGAGGUAUCUCGCUGAAGAUCGGCGGCUCGAUGCGCGGCAUGUCGCGCGACAAGCUUGGCGCCUGUGGAGUAGCAGGCUUCGUGCUCGCGACAGGCAUUAUUCAGGAGCCAUCUAUCAUUGUGUCCCGUGCUGGUGUGCGCGUUCUGAUAAACGACACCGACGCUGAGGGUCGUCUAGUGAUGACUGACCCCGUUGCCGAGUGCCGUGAGCGCAUCAUGGCCGCGCGUGCGGCGGGCGACAAGACCCCUGCGGCCAUUUACACGGCAGCGACGCUGACUGGACACGUUAUUCACAAAUACGACCGGCGCUUGGCCGUGUCUGGACUGGCGUACGGUGAUCCGUUCGAGAAUAGCAUCAUGCGUCGGGAGGACUACCAGUUUGUCGAAUCAAAGACUGACAGAGAAGAUGUGUACCAGAGCAACGCCAGUCCAAGCACACUGACUGAUCGCGGCCACCAGUACCCUGCUGCGUUUAUCAUCAAGGCAUCGGGCUUGGACAAGCAUAGCUUGAAGGCUGGCGAGCAGGACGCUAUUCCCUUUGUGCAUGUCGACAUUGCCGGUAGUGCUGAGGAUGGAGUUGAGCUUGGCCAGGGUCUGUGCGCCAUCACUGGAAGCCCCGUGGCUACCUUUGCGGGUGCCUUUUGGACAAGCGCACUGUAAGUAUUGGUGCCACUUAUUUUCCAAUGGAGAACUGGAAUAAGAAUGGCCAAUGAUAUUCUUGACGCUGAUUUUGAAAACUACAAUUGUUGAAGGCGAGCUGCAUUCUGGUCAGGCCGGCGUAUGACAGACAUAACCGUUCUUUUAUUUAUUCAUUUUAUUUGACAAAUUUUGGUUUCCAAUUUCAGCCCUUCUGUUUCUAAUUUCCUGGUUUCCUGGUUUGUGUACUUUGCCAUUUUUGCACAACUGCUUGAUGUUUGAGGCUUAAAAAAAUAAAAAAUAAAAAAUAAAAAAGAACAAU